UAGUAUUUCGUCGUCUUGUCUGGUCUUGUACUCUUUUCCUUGUCGAAAUUUCCGGAUGAGCAAGUUUUGAAGCCUGUGUCGAUAUUAUUGAUAUCGAAAUCUAUUUCUACUUAUACAAUUGUGUACUUUGCUAUAAAUAGAUACAUUUCAGUAUGAGUGGAACCGGUUCUAAUGAUCCAAAGUCUGUACAAGAUACGGCAGACAUAAAAGAAGAAUCUAAAGGAGAUGACGAAGAACUAGACGCUUUACUUGACGAUGCCCUAGAAGGAUUUGACAAGCCACUGCAAGUGCCCAAAUCAAAAGACAAUGUUAAAGCCGAAGCAGCAGCACCUACAGAUCAAGUAUCAGAUGUUGUGUGGUCUGAGGAGUUUAUGCAAGAAGCAAGUUUGGAAUUUGAGAAAAACAUUCGUUUGAUGAUGGCAGAAACAGCACCAGGGGCCAGUGGUGAUUCUGGAUUUGCUGAAAGUUUGUUAAAGGUAUCACAAGAAGCUGCAGCUAAAGUAUUUGAAAGACAACCAGACCAGGGAGCAUCUUUUGCUGAUACUCUACGCUAUUUAGCAGAAGGAACAGAAUCACUUCAGACUGAAGCUGAUGAAGCUACAUUAGCCAAAAUGCUUGAAAAAAUGGCAUUUGGACCAGAUGGGGGAUUUGGAGAUGGUGCUGGUGGAGAUAUGGGAGGUUUGGGUGACAUUUUACCUGCAAUGCAAGGAAUGCUUCAAAGUUUGUUAUCAAAGGAGUUGCUUUAUCCAUCUAUCAAAGAGAUUGUUAGCAAGUACCCAGAUUGGCUCGCAGACAAUCGGCCGAAAUUAGAACCCGCGCAAUUUGAAAAAUACAACCGCCAAUACGCCGUUAUGCAGCAAGUGUGUACCGAAUUCGAAAAUGAUAACGACACUGAUGAUGCAGCGACGAAAAAUAGUCGCUUUGAAAAGAUAUUAACUUUGAUGCAACAAAUGCAAGAAUGUGGCCAUCCCCCUAAAGAACUGGCUGGUGAAGCUGAACUGCUACCGAAUCCCUUCGGUGGCGCGGAUUUUGCUCAAUCGAUGGGACCUGGUGCCGAAAAUUGUGUUGUUAUGUAAUUAAUAUAGUAUGUUAUAAAACAUGUUUUUGUUAUUGAAAUUGGGCUAUAAAAGGUAUUAGAAGGUCGUUAAAAAAAAUUGUUUGAACGGCAUUACAACUUAAUUUUAUCAUUAA